GGGCGGCCGGGUUCCUGGCUGCAGGGCUGUGUGGUUCCUCAUGCUGCUGCUCUGCCUUAUACUUCUGUCGAGAAAGUGAGGAAAUACCGCAAUGUUGUCGCUUCUGUUGAAAGCUGCCACGUUCCUGUUGAGGAAAGCUGAUGAUGACUUGGAAGAGGAUAAAUAUGAAGCAUCAGAUUGUACAGAAUACAAGAAUGUGCUUGGAGGUACCGUGACUAGGUUUUGCGGUAAAUACGGUUUAGUUGACGACUCCAUCUACUUCACAUCGAAUGACGUGCUGGGAGGUGUGCCUUUGCAAGUUGGCCAGAAGGUGAACAUAUUGGCCCAAAAAAGUGAGCCAGCUGGAGGUUGGAAAGCAGUCAAGGUGGAGCUAGUAACCAAUCAGUGGGAUGACGAUGGUACUUGCGCAGCCUAUUCAUCUCCUUCAGAUCAAGUGGAGACUCACAACCUGAUAGGCAUGAUAACUUCAUGUACUAAAGAGGGUGGCUACAUUAAUGAAACCACUUAUUUUACCAUGGCUGAUGUCUAUGAAGGUUUUCAGCCCUUCAGAGGUGAUUGGAUUCAAGCACAGUAUUUUGUUGAACAGACAACUUGGAAAAGUCGAGCUUCCUGCGUGAAGCCACUUAGAUAUAAAAGAGUAGAUAAAGUACCAAUAACUCAAAUACUUCAUCGAAGUGGUGUGGUGGAUGAUGUCAUUUUCUUCACUCUGGAGUCUCUCCAGUUACCAUUCGAUUAUGUUCCAAAAAAGGAUGAUGUGGUCAACCUUGUGAUUGUUGAGAGUAGUCAAUCUUUAUACCAGUGGAGAGCUUUAUGUAUCGCACCUGCUGAGAAAGAGAGUUUUUCAGUGCCUUCAACAAACGACAGAAAUCUUGAGCAAAUUGAUUUGGAGUUAUUCUCUAACAAAGGAGGAUUAGAAGUUACAAGGAAUUUUGAUUUUGGUACCAUGAAGCAUGGAGAGAAAAAGGACUUGAUGGUGUGGAUUGAGAACAAAGGAAAAGAGACCCAGACCCUUCUGCACUAUUCGGUGGCAGGAUGGGUAAGAGACACUCAGUUCUUUUUCACAUCACUACAAGUGGUUCCAUUCACGUUAUCCUUCAAAAGCACAACCACGCAACAACAGAAUCUUACUGGAAUGGUUUCGAGCUGUAACACAGUUAGAUCCCAAUCAUUGUCUAAAGACUCUCCUCUUCCCAGAACAACAGUUCAGCCUGACUCUAAUACCUCCUUUGUGGCAUUUGAUGAAACACUUGAACCAACACCUCAUGAGGUAGUUUCAGAUCAAGAUCUUGCACACAGUUCACAAAGUGCUCAGGCUAAAUUGCUAAAGAACCUGCCACCAGCCUUGGCAAGUAUGGGAAAUCGGACAAGCUGUCAACAAGCUAACAACGCUGUUGAAAAGGUGAAACAGCACCUCAGUACGGAGGCAGAAAGUGGUGCAGCAGCACAGCAUAUACCUCCUGGUGGAAAUGUCUGCAUAAACCUAACAUGUGAAGCAAAAAAUCCUGGUCGUUGCAGAGAUCUUCUCCUGCUUUAUUUUGACAACUUUGUGAUAGGUCGCUAUGUGGUGGUGGAUGUGAUCAGUGAUGAGGAAUCACUUCUUGCACCAAGCUCGCAAUAUUAUCCCAUACAACGCAGAUCCUUGCAAACAAGUCAAAAGGAAACAAAUGCUACCAUAGUGACGGUGCAAAAUCCUAAGAGGCUUGCAAGAAGACACAUACCAAGCUUCCUUCCACAGUAUCCCGUUCCCGAGCUAUUGAAGGAAUGCAUUGAUAAAGGUGCCGAUGUCCUCACGAUAACGCCAAAUCUCGCUGAGCCUUUGAGCAUGUUGAACUAUAAAGACCGUUUUUCAACUCUUCUGUGGCUGGAAGAAAUUAACGCUGAGAUGGAGAUAACAGAGUUUAAUGUGACAGCAGUGGUUUUGCAAAAACACGGAGACUUCCUCGUUCUAGAGGUGCCAGGGCUGGUUGAAGGAAGGCCAUCUAUCGUUAUUGGUGAUCAAAUAAUAUUGAAGAAUUCUUAUUACACACAAACUGAAGUGCAGUAUUCAGGCUUUGUAACCAAGGUGUGUGAUAAUGAGCUCAUGCUGAAGUUUAAUUCAGCAUUUGUGCAGACCUAUGGAGGGGAGCCUGUGGAUGUGGAGUUUACCUACAACAGAGUUUCAGCCCGGAGAUGUCACUUGGCCGUGGAACAAGCUAUUUAUCUCGGUGAAGCAGUUUUGUUUCCAGAAAAGGUUGUGCCCAAAUCUCCACAGACUGUUACCACGUGGAAUGAUAUUGACAUGGUCUUAAGAAACAAAAGGAAAAAUGGCUUCAGGUCACAAGACCAGACCAAGAAUGAGAAGGAUAUGAAUACAGAGUUAAAUAAUUCCUGUACAAGUAAAGGUGGCUUAUGGCAGGAUACUGGAGACACAGUUGGAAGAAAUGUUAGAGCUGAACCAUCCAACCAAAAAGUAUGUAACUUUUUCAAUUUACUGCUGAAUGAACAUCAAAAGUCUGCAGUCAAACACAUUCUCCGUGGUGAGUGCAGACCAACACCAUAUAUCGUGUUUGGGCCCCCUGGCACUGGGAAAACAGUCACCAUCCUGGAAGCCAUUUUGCAGAUUCACUUUACUUUGCCAGGCAGUCGGAUUUUGGCUGCCGCUCCGUCCAACAGUGCUGCUGACCUGCUCUGUGUACGGUUGCACGAAAGUGGUUUGCUGAAACAAGGAGACAUGGUGCGAGUUAAUGCCACCUGGAGACUUGAAGAGCAUAUACCUGAAACUGUACUGCUGUACAGUAAAGAUGGAGAAGAUCUCUGGGAAGCAGCACGCUGCAGGAUAAUAAUAAGCACCUGUAGCACAGCUGGGUUAUUCUGUCAAAUUGGAUUAAGGAGUGGACACUUUACUCAUGUUUUUGUGGAUGAAGCUGGUCAAGCCAGUGAACCUGAAUGCCUCAUCCCUCUGCUGCUGGUAUCUGAGAAAGAUGGACAGAUUGUGCUUGCCGGAGAUCCAAUGCAGCUGGGACCAAUAAUAAAAUCUAGAAUUGCCACAACUUAUGGUCUGUCUGUUUCACUUUUGGAGAGACUAAUGGCCCAGCCUUUGUAUUCUAGAAAUGAAACCUUGUGUGCAUUUGGAUCCUACAAUCCACUUUUUGUAACAAAACUAGUGAACAAUUAUCGGUCACAUUCAUCUUUGCUUGACCUGCCCUCUAAGCUGUUCUAUCAUAAAGAACUGAAGAUGUGCAUCGAUCAGUCUGUGGCCAAUAUGUUUUGUAACUGGGAAAAAUUGCCUAAGAAAGGAUUUCCAAUCAUUUUUCAUGGACUGAGGGGAAAUGAAAUGAGGGAAGGUAGCAAUCCAUCAUGGUUCAACCCUAAAGAGGCAGUUCAAGUUAUGCGUUAUUGUUGUCUGCUGGUUAAACUUUGCACAAGUCCAGUACAGCCUUCUGACAUUGGGAUCAUAGCACCCUACCAAAAGCAGGUACAAAAAAUUAGAGUCCUCCUCCGAAAUGUUAACCUUACUGACAUAAAGGUUGGAUCUGUUGAAGAAUUUCAAGGCCAGGAGAAAAUGGUUAUAAUUGUGUCAACAGUACGGUCAAAUGAAGAAGAUCUGUCUGAGGAUACGCGUUAUGUCUUGGGAUUUCUUUCCAACCCCAAAAGAUUUAAUGUGGCAAUCACCAGAGCUAAAGCAUUACUGAUCUUGGUUGGGAAUCCCCAUAUUCUCCUCCAGGAUCCAUGCUGGGGUGCACUUCUGGAAUACUGCGUUCUAAAUGAUGCAUAUUUUGGUUGUAAUCUUCCAAAUGAACUUCUGGCUCAGUGAGGGUGUGAUGCAUCUAUUUCUGAUACCUGCUUUAAAAUACUACAAUUUUUGGAACAUGUUUUCAAAAUCAAGACUUCUUCAGAGGAAAGUGAUGCCAUCACAUAGUAUUGCUGAUUCUAAAGAUUUUAAUUGGAGGUUCAGAUGCUAAUCCCUUUCCCUCUUUCUUGAAAUGUUAAAUUUGAAACUUGGCAAAGUUCUUAUUUGUUUUGCUGUAGAGAUGAAUCAGCUUAGAUUUUCUUUGUUUUUUUCAUUUCUCUCUCUGUAAUUGUCAUGCACCCUAUGUAAUACAUCUAUUUAAAAAGUAAAAUGUAACAUGAGCAU